AGAGUCCCUCUCCAGCAUCCUUGUAGGCCCCCUUCAGAUACUGGAGGAGGAAUACUAUGAGGAAUUGCCAGCUUUUCCAAAAACUUGGAACUUCCUCUUACCAUUGUUCACAUUUGCUAUACAAUAAAAACAUGUUGAUGCUUUUGAACAUGGAAACCUCAGUUAAUGAAACUGUUUGAAACCUGAAAUGAAAGUGUAGAUCAGCUCUCUUUGUGGUUUUGUCUCUGUGUGCAGCUGUUUGUGUUGUAUCUUGGGGUUUGUAUUUACUGUUGUCUACAGCGCCUUGCUGAAACUAGGUACGUGCUGUCUUGGGUGGGUCUGAGUUAAAUGACUGUUCUUUGGGUCUGCUCCUGGUAUGGCCUGAAUCGGAGUUUUGCAGCAUUUAUCUUGAUUCUCUUCUUGUAGUUUUGUUUGGCUUCUCGAUGCUCUUCCAGUACACUUGGCCAAGACUGAAAUAAGAGCAUGAUCUUAGCAACUGAAAACUUGGGAAGACUUUAAAGUCUCCGAUAUAGACUUUUCUCAUUGCUGCUGUCAAAUGAUGGUGUUCUUCAGGAGGAUGAGCAGGAUCAAUAGGCUCAGGAAUGCCUGCCUUACUGUAAAUCUCAUUUUCUAUGUAAAUACAGAGUUUUGUUCAAGACUGCACCAUUUGCAGAGAAUAAAGCCUAUGAAGAGGACAAUACUGAGAAAUUAUAUAAUCUUGACCAUGAUGUGCUUCUAAAGAGUUCAUGCCUUCACAAAUCGACAUACGCUGCUGCUGCUCAAAGAUGUGUAAUGAAACUGGUGCUUCUGCAUAUUUUAUUUUUCCUGCAGGUUUGAAAACAACCAUGUAACAGGAUCUGAGAAUAAUUACCGCUUUCUGGACUUCAGUAUUAGAAAACCCUGCUGUAUGCUCAGAAGUUCAAGUAAACAAACCUGAAAACAGUUUUCCUGCUCAUUCAUCUAUCAGUGACAUACACUGCAGUGGCAUUGGACCAUCUGUAUUUAUAAUCAGACUGUAACAUUUGUCAGUACAAGGAUUUAGCUGUAAGGCGCCUUCCCAGUAUCCUUACUUGCCAUCUCAAGUAGCAAACAGGAACCUUUACUUGCCAAAAUGAAGCAGAAUAUGGUGUGUCAGACACCUCCCACCAUCACUGUUCGCGUUAAAUCAAGCGCAUCCAGAUCACAUCAGCAAAAACCCCAUAUCAGACUGAAGUGGUCUUCUCUUAAAGACCACGAAGUAAAACAUGAAAAAAAGGCUUCUACUCAUAAAGAUAAAUGUCCAAAGGGACCAUGUCUGGUUAUUCAGCGCCAGGAAAUGACAGCUUUCUUUAAACUAUUUGAUGAUGACCUAAUCCAAGACUUCCUUUGGAUGGACUGUUGCUGUAAAAUUGCAGACAAAUAUCUCUUGGCCAUGACUUUCGUUUAUUUCAAGAGGGCUAACUUCACAAUAAAUGAGCAUACCAGAAUCAAUUUCUUUGUCGCUCUGUAUCUGGCAAAUACAGUUGAAGAAGAUGAUGAAGAAUCAAAGUAUGACAUUUUCCCAUGGGCUCUGGGAAAAGUCUGGAGAAAGCUCUUCCCUGAUUUCUUAAAGUUAAGAGAUGAGCUGUGGAGUAGACUUGACUACAGGGCUAUUGUAAGCAGACGCUGCUGCGAAGAGGUGAUGGCUAUUGCUCCAACACAUUAUGUGUGGCAGCGAGAGCGUUCCAUAUACCACAGUGGAGCUGUGAGAAACUACAGUGGUGAUGAAGCACAGCUGCCCCGAGGACCAAGUGCUACUCCUACAGACUGCCUGCUUUGUGGUAAGAAAGGAAGAUUUGUACGGCUAGGAUUAUCAUCAUCUUCCUCCUCAUCUACUGACACUUUGGAGAUGAUGGAAUUACAAUCAACAAAGAAUUUGAAGGACACCAUUGCAACUGAAAAAAUGCUCGUUGACUCUCCUUUGAAUUACACCCAAGACUGUCAGAGCCUGUCCAGCAAAAGGAGACUAGGUAGCACCUGUAAGCAAGACAAAUCCAUGGAGUGGUUUACAAGCAAUGAAGAAUGAAGUACACCUGACGAGACAGAAACAAAUACUGUGCUUU